AAAAGAGGUGGUUUUACGAAAUAAACAAACAUCGAUCGCAGCAAACAUAAGCCGUUACGAUAGUAAUAUUAAACCUCUCGGUGUGUGAUGAACGUGCAUUAUAUCUCUUGCUCAACAGGAAAAGAACAUUUGGAUUUGACGUUGCUGCUGAUUUAUUUUUAUCGUGCAUCGAAUUAUUUCGCAUAUGAAUGUUAUAAUUUUCUCUCAUUGUUUGAAAAAUUACACGCAUCAACGGCAGACAAAAACAGUGAAUCUUUCAUUUGACGAAAAGCGUUAAAGUGAAGCAGAAAAUAUAGUUGAAGACGGGGCCAAAGUUGAUGAAAAGAAAUCCAGACGCAGAAAGUGAAAUUAAUCAAACAAAAGCAGCGUAACAAAAAUUUUUUUUUUUCGAAAGACUUACAACAGUAGAUGAACAUUAGCACCGAAAAAGAGCACAGUGAGACUCUUACACUCUCAAUAAAUUAUUCGAAUUCGGUGUGAGAAAAGCGAAAAAGAAAAGAAAAGUGAAGACAACAAGAAAAAGUUUAACAAAUUCGCAUAUAAUUUUGUGAACAGAUGCCAGAUCGCGCGUAUACAGUUUUUUUUUGUGCGAUAGACUAUACCAAUUGAAGGUAGAAGCGGUUUUUAUUAUAAGCGACAUAAAGCCGCAAAAAAUACGCAUACGAAUACAGAAAACUGAAACAGUGUCGGAAAUAGUGUUUAAAUCUCACAGUGUGUUUGUGUGUAUGCGUGUACAAAAAGAUAGAGGCAGAUAGAGUGGAAUACAUCAAAAACUCAAAAUAUAAAACCAAAUAUACAUAUCCAGAUUUGGAGAAAAAAUAUAGAUAGAAUUUGUAAACUAGCGAACACUUAAAGAACAACGAAAAUGGUGAAUCAAUUAAAAUGUUUGAAGGCGGGAGGCCUUGUGCUUGGCAUUAUUGGAACAGUUGUUGCAUUGAUCAAUGCUUUUUGGGCGAUCGCCUGGUAUGAACAUCUUCCAAUAGUUGAAGCAAAUUUCAUAUUACAUUCAUUUCUUGGCGAAGCACCUGAUCACAUUGUUCGAUUGUUUUACGUCACCGUUUCACUAUUCGAUAUGUUGGCUGCUGCACUAUUAAUUGCCGGCAUUUUGAUGAAAAAGAAAUACUUUUUGUUGCCCUGGAUUAUUAGCUCAAUGCUGGAAAUAGUAAUUACAUCAAUAGAACUAUCGCCACAUCUCAUACCGUCCGUUGUAAUUGUUGGCAUCUUUGGUGGAGUUCUGUACAUUUGGUUUAGCAUAGUGACGCUAUACAAAGAAAUGAAAGCCGAGGAGCAGGCAAAUUCUGGCGUGCAAAUGUCCUACGUCGAGGAGAAUCCAUCACAACUACCACCGUACAGUGUGCUGACAAUCGAUAAAUAAAUUCAUCUGCUGUCAUCGGCAUCAUCGUUUGCUAUAAUUAAACUCCUGAGCAGAAAACCAAUUCGAAAAUAUAUCAAUUGUUCAACGUAAUAUUUCAAUUUAAAUAAAAAAAAAUUUAAUUAGACAAUAUUCGAACUGUGAGAUAAAUAGAAUACGAUUGAAUGCAGAAAUGAAUGGAAAAAAACUUCCAUGAGAAGAAAAUUUGGAAUCUUUGUUAAUAAAAUGCAGCGAUGAUAAUUUAAUUGACAAAAUCGUACUUUUUAUGCAA